AUGGUAGAGAGCAAUGCUACAUUGUUCAUCUCUGGUGCUCUAUCAGCAAUCAAGGAAAUAACAACACCUAAUAAAACAAUGACUAUUGAACUGCUUGAACUAACAGCAGGUACAGUAUCGCUAUUUCUACCAAAUAUGGUUUCAUGAAGAAAAAUUUGUUUUUAAAAAACGCUCCUCUAUCAGUGUUUCAUCCAUAGCCUGAUUGAUAAUGUGUGUUUCUGUGUAGACUGUAAAAUUGUCGGGAAUGCUUCUACAUGUAACUGUUCAUCAAAGUACAUCUGGAGUAACGAUGUGUGUUGGAAGUUCCAGUGCUGCAAUGACUCAUAUUGUAACGCAAAUAUUUCUAAUUACCCAGCCCUCUGCAUACCCAAAGUGAAAGGUACUAUUGUUGAUACUGUUAUUUCUACUAUCAUUAUUUUAUAUGAUCAAUAGCCUAGCCCUAGAUAAUACUAUUACAAAAGUAUUAUUAGGAUUCGUUCUUCAUUGUAACAUUUUUGCUGUAAUUUCUACUAAUUGUCAACCACCGCUAUUAUUAAGGUAGUUAUUGUUAUUGUUGCAGUGUUACUGUAUGUUGUCACUAUUAUAAUUUUUUGUUUUUGUUGACAUAGUUCACAUUAAAGGAACAGUUCAAGUGGGAUCAAAAAAUAAUCUAACUGAUACUAUAAAAAAACAGGUACAUUUUUUUUUCCAAAUCUGCUGAAAUAGUAGUUUUGUUUUUGAUCAAAAUUAUCAACAUGUAUAAUGAGUUAAAGUGACACCUGAAUACACAUUAUAUUUAAUAUUGAUGAUAACGUUUCCUUUUUCUCUUAGCUUACAGAUGGUUUUCAAAAAUUACAUGGGUUUGGAUGCCUCAAUGUAUCUGGACUGAGGUAAUACAAUCUAAAUUUAUUAGACGUAUUUAUUCAUUCCUUAAUAUUUGGCAAGAGUGCUUGUUUUUCUCCCCAAAGAUGCAACAUCCAUUUCUGUUUUUGUCUCCCUUUCACCCAUUGGCAACUCAAUACUGACACAUAAGGAAUGAUGGCCAAAUUGUUGAUUUCAAAGUGCAUCUCAGUGUCAUAUUUCUGACUGAUACACUUGCAAAAAUAAUAGCUGACCUGGAACCUACUGUUGGCAAAAUAGCUGUUGAAACAUCAGGUAAAUGCCCCCUCUAUUACAGUACAGUCAUUUCACAUAGUGAUAUUAAGACCAUGUGUAGAUAACCACACACACCCGGGCAUUAGGCUCAGAUAAGGCACAGGAGAAAAUAUUAUAUAUAUAGAUAAAUGGAGUCUUUGCACACUCCAAUCAGUUGCAGUUUCAGAGUUUAACUUGCUAAGCUUUCGGUAUUAUGAUGACCUUCGUCGGACCAUACAAACAAGUGCAAAGACAGUAUCAUAUUGAGAAAUGUGGCAAGGAUUAUGGUAUGAAUAUAGAUUAUGUUAUGUUGGUAAUGAUUAUGUAAAGCGUGUAAGGAUGUACUGUAUUAUUUAUUGUAUUGAUACUGUAUGUUUUUACUUUUCCACAGGACUCGUGAGCAUUCAGUAUCCAAUGGACACAGUGCAAUUCUUCUCAACACCGACGUUGAACUGCACAUUUGAGGAGAAAACAAAUGGCUCAUGGAACUGGGAACUGUUCAAAGGAAAUGAGACAUUUAAUCUGAACAAUGGAAACAGCAUAACCGUCUCAUUCCCCAAUGAAAUGUCACCCAACCGUACCACAGUCCAAAUUGUAAAGUUGUCAGGGAACUGGGCAGGUGCGUCUGGGAGACCUUUGUCGAGGGUGUAGGAUUCUAUUUCCUGUUUAUGAAGUCAUUGGAAAUAUUGCAUCUAAUUGUGUUUGAUGCUGAAAUAGGCCUACUGAUGAUAAUGUGUAUUGCUUUUUGAAUGAUGAUUAUCUAUUUUAUCCCUCUCUUAAUGCUUCUGAAGGGAUUUACAAGUGUGGAUUUUCCGAAGGGUCCAUUGUGCACGCAGCCUCUGCAGAGUUAAAGGUAGCCCUGCUACCAGAUAAGAUCACCAUGUCGAGUGUCCCACCGACUGUAGAUUGCCAAGAUACAAACUCUCGAUCUGUGAGAGUCACUGCAACCAUCGAGAACAGCACAGAGCAAUACAACGUCACUUGGGCAUACCAAAAUAAACCCCAAACUCAACCAGGUACUCUUAUGAACUCUUAGUCUUGUGUCUUGAACUAUGUAUAACCUUAUUUCUCAUCGUGCUCAAAAUGUAUAAAGUUGCAGUAACUUGAGAAAAAUAAGCAGUUGCUUAUUAACAGAUAGUUUGUUGAUAGUAUGACCAUCUGUAGAGCAUCUACAGAUGGAAAAUCUUCACUAUCCAAAUAAAGUGUAACCACAUUCUAUUCUAGUACCACCAGCGGGGACCACCUACACCGUAACUCCGAUGAUAAGUUGCAAUCCUUCAAGCCCAUCCAAUGUUGUCAUUGUCAAAUUUCAAAACCAGAAGGAUGAGAACAAGAAUGCAUCCAUAACUAUCCCAGUGAUAUAUGGUAUGUUAGAUUGCAUGAGUCCAUAAAAAAAAAGAAAAAAAAGAAAAGCCAUACAAGUUUAUUACUAUCACUCAAAUGUGUUUCUUAAGUGAUUUGUUAAAGUCCCCUUACAUCCUGAAGGGGAUUAAGAAGAUUAAUUAAGUUCACUCAAUGAAGUGGAGGUUUAAUUCUUAUUAAUACUCUUUACUGCUGUUUUUAAUCAGCUCAGGACAAGGACAAGGCUUGUCCUGAAGAACGCAUAUGGCCAAAAACCCCAAAAGGUGUCACUGUUAUCAUCCGAGAAUGUGAGGUGAAUAAAGUGGGGUACCAAGAGCGGACAUGCAGGGGGCCUGAAUGGAUGGAUGUGCUGGAUAACUGUGUCAAUGAGGAAAUAAACAAAGUUGUCAAUUUAGCAGCAGUGAGUAUGGCCUUUCACCUUCUGCACUCAUACAACUCUCAUACUGUAAAGUUGAUAUGGAACAUUGGUUAUGUUUUGGUGAAUGCCUAUAUUUUCAGUAAAAGUGUUUGCAUUCCUGCAUUUUAGUAAUAUGACAUUAGUCACGGGUUGGUCAUAUGAUAUCUCACAUUCUUCAACUACACAUCCAGCCACUGGAAUGAUGUGUGACUUGCAUUGAAAUACUCUGGGCCUAUAGAAUGUGUUGGUAUAAGAAACAAAGUUACUAUUCCAUGUUUGUUUUACCAUCACAGAACUUUAAAGAGGGACUUGGGGCCACUCAGGAGGUUGCUCUUCAAAUCUUUUCUGGUUUGAAGAACAACAUGGAUGCUACCUCAGUUGCUGAUGUGAGUGCAUCCAUCAAUGUUCUGGAUAUCAUGUCGCAAGCAUCAGCAAACAUCAACCUGGAUAACUCCAUUUUAGAUGUGAGCCAUACCCCAAUUAAGAAUUAUACAGUUCUGUACAAUAUAUCUCAUACAGAAACAUAAAUGUAUAUAUAUUUUUUCAGGUAUUUCUUGGUGCAGCAAGCAACAUGUUGAAUAACUCUUGGAAGACAGUCAACAAAACCCUUGAAUACGACAUGUCCUCAAAAUACCUCCAGUCUGUCGAAGGUCUAGUGAAUAACAUCAAAAUGAAUACCAGUGACGGAAAUGACACCCCAAAUAUACAACUGAUACUCUGCAAUGGUCAAAACAACACAUCUUGCAAUGGAACUGUGUUUGGCGUAGAAGUCACAUUGGCCCUGUCCUCGGGAAUAGUGAAAACUGUGGGAGUAAAAAACCUAGCUGACAAAUUAAACAAUUCAAAUUUCCCAGACUAUAAGUUCCCUAGCAUUGUGGUGUCAGCCACACUGCAAAACAGCAAUGACUCCAAAACAAACAUCAAAUUGGACUUUCCCAUCACCAAGUCAAUGGCUCAAGACUAUAACAUCCUCUGUGUGUUCUGGAACACCACAUUGAUGGAAUGGUCUGAAGAAGGCUGCAAGUGGAAGAAAAUGGUCAACAAUAGAAGCUAUUGCGAGUGCACCCAUCUGACCUCCUUCUCAGUGCUGAUGUCAAAGACCCCGGUGACCCUGCUUUUUCUGGAUGAGAUCACCUACGUGGGCCUCGGCGUGUCCAUCUGCUCCCUCCUCAUCUUCCUCAUCAUCGAGGCGCUGGUGUGGUCGGCCGUCGUCAAGUCCAACCUCUCGCACUUCCGCCACACGGCCCUGGUCAACAUCUCUCUGUGCCUGUUACUGGCCGACUGCAGUAUGCUGGCUGUCUACUUCCCCAGCAUCCAAACUCCUACCUGGUGCCUCGUCCUGACCGUGACCAAGCAGUUCUUCUUCCUGGCUAUGUUCUGCUGGAUGCUAUGCCUCAGCAUCAUGCUACUACACCAGCUCAUCUUCAUCUUCCACCCGUUGAGGAAGAGGGUGUAUCUGCUCCUGUCCACCGUCCUCGGCUACAUCUGUCCCACAGUGAUCGUGUCGGUUACCUAUGUGUACUACAAAUACACAGGGAAACCCUACCACGACACAGAAACCUGCUGGCUCAUUUACGAGGGACUUCUGAAGGGGUCCAUUCACGCAUUUCUUCUGCCCGUCGGGACGAUUGUUUUUAUGAAUUUCUUCUCCAUGGGUGUUGUCAUCAUGACACUCCUAAAGUCCACUGUUUCUGAUGGGAGUAAAUCCGACGAGAAAGAGACAGCCAAAAGCAUCAUGAAAGGGGUGGUCUUGUUAACGCCAGUCUUUGGGAUAACAUGGGUUUUGGGAUUCUUUGUGCUGAGCAUUGAUAGCAGGGCACCAAUGGGUGUUGUGGUGAAUUAUGCUUUCUCCAUCAUAAACUCCUUUCAGGUACUUUUUCAUAUAUUUUCCAUUACAGAUAUUCCUGUCUGAAACUAUUGAGUGAAAGAAGCUGAAAUCAGUUUUUGCCAUUGUAUUCAUAGUGUAAUGUUUUUCAGGGCCUCUUCAUUUUGCUGACUGGAGGUUUUGCAGAGAAAAGGGUAUUUGUCAAUCCUUAGGGAGUUUAUGUAAUUGAAUAGUGUUACAAUAGUGAAUUAUGUAUGCUAACUGUGUAGAUAUUAUGUAUACUUACCACUACUCCUUUUUUGUCAUGUUAAUACAAGGUGCGAGAUGAGGUGUUGAACUUGGCUUGG